AUGGAUCCAGUCCCUCCUGCAAACAAUCACGGCAUCUACUUAUCUGGUAACUUCGAGAUCCACGACAAAAUACCGCCAACCAAGAGUUCUGAAACCGGAGGUAUCUAUACUCUCUCGAUCGGCUGUAGCGGGGUACACCGUGAUAAUACUGGACUUCACCACAUCCAAGCGUAUAGCUUGGGCCCUGCCGAUGACCCUGUUUACGUCAAAGGCGUGUACUUCUUACGGGGGCCCUUUUUUCCCAAGAAUUUGGCCGACACUACCUUUGAUUCACUUAUAUUCGAAGGCCAGGAUCACCCUUUCGUGGGUACCGCCCUAUCUUACAUGGGCAACUUCAUUGAUUCAGUCGCUGUUACGAGCACUGGCAUUGUUUGCCGAAUUGAUAGUAUUCGAGAAUCUUCUCCCCAAAAUCUAGACGAGACCCCCUACCCCACAGACGAUGUCACUAAAGUUGUAACAGUUUUACACCGUGAUUAUCACCCAAUCCUCAAAACUUCAGUAGAGUCCAAAGUCGAGUACUGGAUCAGGCCAUCUGUGAAGCUCAUUGGAUUAUCACAGGAAAUUGUGCUUGGGCGCCAAUACCAAUUGCAUGGAUUCAUUAAGGAUUUCAACGAGCAUACUAAUGCUUAUAUCAUCGUUGCCAACAGAAUUUAUGCAAUGACUCCGCCUUUGACCAACACGGCUACAUCACCAAGUUGUACUCCUACAACUCAAAACUGUGAAGACGUGGAGGGUAGCAAUAACAUGGUAACACUUUGUACUUCAAACACAAAAUUGACAUCUCCAUCUGCAUCUAAUCCAUGCGCGCGAGUAAUGGGAACUCAACACAAUAAGUUGAUGGUUGCCAACCAAAUCUUCACCUCAACAUCUAACAAGCGUCCUCGCCCAAAUUCUAUGUAA